GGCGGCUGGCUGGUCAUUCCCUAACUCACUCUGUUCAGACGCAGGGAGGAGACACCUGUUGCAGAGCUCUCGGCUUCUUCUUCCGCUUCAGACACAGUGGGUGAAAAUGGGAGCCGGUGGCCGAACCUCCGUUCCGCCUGCCCAGAGGAAGUCAGAGACUGAGACUGUGAAGAGAAGCCCGGUGGAGCAGCCCCCGUUCACAGUGGGCCAGAUCAAGAAAGCCGUGCCGCCUCACUGUUUCAAGCGUUCUGUGUUGCGCUCAUUCUCCUAUGUCUUUUACGACCUCACCAUAGCCUUCAGCCUCUAUUAUGUGGCCACCCAUUACUUCGAUCUCCUCUCACGGCCUCUCUCUUUUUUGGCCUGGCCAAUCUACUGGGCUCUUCAGGGCUGCGUCCUCACCGGCGUCUGGGUGAUCGCUCACGAGUGCGGCCACCACGCCUUCAGCGACUACCAAUGGCUUGAUGACACCGUUGGCUUCGUUCUCCACUCCUCCCUUCUCGUCCCCUACUUCUCAUGGAAAUACAGCCAUCGCCGUCAUCACUCUAAUACCGGAUCUCUUGAGCGCGAUGAAGUUUUCGUGCCAAAGAAAAGGUCUGGUCUUAGCUGGUACUCCAAAUACCUUAACAAUCCACCAGGCCGAGUCCUAACCCUUACCGUUACCCUCACUCUUGGCUGGCCUCUCUACCUAGCCUUUAACGUUUCAGGAAGGCCUUAUGCUCGUUUUGCUUGCCACUAUGACCCACACGGUCCCAUCUACUCAGAUCGCGAGCGGCUUCAAAUAUACUUAUCAGAUGCAGGGGUGCUCGCUGUGUGCUAUGGGCUUUACCGUCUUGUCGUGGCGAAUGGACUUGCCUGGGUUGUGUGUGUUUAUGGAGUGCCAUUGUUGGUGGUCAACGGAUUUUUGGUGUUGAUCACUUAUUUGCAGCAUACUCACCCUGCAUUGCCACACUAUGAUUCCUCCGAGUGGGACUGGUUGAAGGGAGCUUUAGCCACGGUAGACAGAGAUUAUGGUAUACUGAACAAGGUUUUCCAUAACAUUACAGACACCCAUGUGGCGCAUCAUCUGUUCUCCACGAUGCCUCAUUAUCACGCGAUGGAGGCUACAAAGGCAAUCAAGCCAGUUUUGGGAGAGUAUUAUCAGUUUGAUGGAACGCCUGUGUACAAGGCAAUGUGGAGGGAGGCGAAGGAAUGUAUUUACGUUGAGCCAGAUGAAAGUGCUGCGACUAAAGGUGUAUUCUGGUACAAGAACAAGUUCUGAUUUGAUUAGGAAGCUUUCCUUUCCCGAGAAUUUAGGCUAUGUUUCGUCUCCAAUUGGAACUGUGCAACUGUGUAACCUUAGAUUUGCCUUUGAAUAAUUUUACUGUUUCAUAGAUGUAGGAAGAAGACAUGGCUCGUCUCCGUGGUCUUGGCCUGUGUUCUUAAUUUGCCUGAUCUCACAAAUUUGUGCCAAUUGGUCCAUCCGAUGAACCCAAGUCUCAUACGUUAUUUAAGAUAGUUGCUUAUUUUCAUUUCGUAUGCUAAACGUCUCGGGCUUGACUCGUAUCACUGGAAUCAUGCUUUCUUCGGCUCUGGAGCAAGAUAAUACGAUGCAAUUUUCUUUCUUCGUCGGCGUGAGAAGGUAGAUGAUGGUUAUGUAAUUAUCAGCAAUCUGAUUGGAUCGGAAUACAUUUUUGAAAUAAAA